UGUCAUUGUAUUGUGUAUAAACACACACACACACACACACACACACACACGUGUGCGUGUGCAUGCAUUUAUUUAUAGAUUCUGAACCUUUUUUCCUUCACGCCAUAAAAUAACUGGGAAGAUUAAAGCUUAUUUGCAAGCCCAUCAGCUGCUGCUGUUUCACAGUCUAUUCUAUUUUUUUAUUAACAGAGCUUGAUAUAGUUACUGGCCGUUGGGUAAGUUUCAGCAUAAGAUAAAACAACUCUUCUAAUAGUCUACUUUAAUUUCUUAAAAGCGUUUUCGUCUCGCGCAUGCGCAAUGGGAUGGUGUGUGUUUGAAGAAGACGACGUCGACGAAGAAUUUACGCUCGUGUUCGGGAUGAGGCAGUAAAGUUAGGACUACAGGAGAGUUUCACUGUUGAGCACCCUUGUCGGUUCUGCUUGGCAACGAGGAGUGAAAUCCAGGAGAAGGAGGUCCGGUCGGAAGCAUUUGAACUGAGAACCAAGCAGGAGCAUGACAGAGAGACCAAGUAUGGAGACAACAACUGUACUCCGAGUUAUAAUUUGUGACAACGACAUCCGAAAAAUUGUACUUCCUGUGAAACCACAGACAGUUGACUCACUGUUGGAACAACUUGAAGAAAAGCUGGGACUUCAGUACAAGUUCGCACUUCAGUUUGAGGAUCCAGACUUCAACAAUUCCCUCGUGAAUCUUACCAACAUUGCUGACUUGCCAGAUAAGCCUACACUGAAGAUUGUCUCCCUUGUGACGUCACCAACCCCUAGCACAGCUGACACUGAAGUCCUAUCUGUGGCUUCUGAUCAUCCACGCCAUUGUCUACGGACUGCAUGGCCAGAAACUUUCGAGAUCCCUACUUUUCCUGUUGACGUUGAGUAUAGAUUACGUCAGGGAAAUCUACAGUACAUGCGAGAUCAAACAUACCUACAAUUGUCAGGAGAGCUUAAGCAUGAGAUUCUCGAAAAACUCUCAGAAACUAUAUACAGUUACAAAGCUUACCCAGAUAAGGAAGACUUCGAGGCUGUUGCUACUGCUUUGAUACAAAAACACCCUUGCCUUACCCAGCCUGGCUCAUCUAAGGGGUGGAAUGGGUGGUAUGAUAGCCUUAGGUGGAAAAUGGGCAAUUACCGCUCAAAACUGCGUCGAGCUGGAUGCUUGGAGGUAUCCAUAAAUGGUGGGAAAAGAAGAGGACUGCAGCCUCAGAGAAACAUCAAAAGACCCAAGAGGUUUGAAAUCAAUUUUCUACCGAACUUCCCUGAUGGUGAAGAUGAAGCCAGCAUGGAGUCCAAAAGGUAA